CGGAAACCGGUGACAGGCAUCAACUCGCUAUUCUCCGAACCACCAACUCACCGAGUCCACUCGCUCCGGNCUCUCUUCUCCUCCUCCUCCGGUCUCAUCCCGGCGAGUGUGGUGAGGUAGAGCGAAACGCGCCGCCGCUGUUUCUCAUCUCGGUCUCCGGAUCUGUCCCCUUGCCGGAAUCUUAAAAAUGGCUUCCCAGCAGAAGAAUGUCGGGAUUCUCGGUGUUGAGAUUUACUUCCCUCCCGCCUGCGUCCAGCAGGAAGCAUUAGAGGCUCAUGAUGGAGCAAGCAAAGGUAAAUACACAAUUGGUCUUGGCCAAGAUUGCAUGGCUUUCUGUAGUGAGGUGGAAGAUGUCAUAUCCAUGAGUUUGACCGCGGUUAGCUCACUUCUCGAGAAGUACGAAGUUGAUCCAAAGAAAAUUGGUAGACUAGAAGUUGGAAGUGAGACCGUUAUUGACAAAAGCAAGUCAAUCAAAACUUUCCUGAUGCAAAUUUUUGAGGAAUUUGGAAACACUGACAUUGAAGGUGUAGACUCAACUAAUGCAUGCUAUGGAGGAACAGCUGCGUUAUUUAAUUGUGUGAAUUGGGUUGAAAGCAGUUCAUGGGAUGGACGUUAUGGCCUGGUGGUAUGCACUGAUAGUGCGGUCUAUGCUGAUGGGCCUGCUCGGCCAACUGGAGGAGCAGCAGCCAUUGCUAUGCUAAUAGGACCGGAUGCUCCUAUUGUGUUUGAGAGCAAGUUGCGUGCUAGUCAUAUGGCUCAUGCUUAUGAUUUUUACAAGCCUAUCCUUGACAGUGAAUAUCCGGUUGUUGAUGGUAAGCUUUCACAAACAUGUUAUCUCAUGGCCCUUGAUUCGUGCUACAAGAGCUUUUGCCAUAAACAUGAAAAGACAGAGGGCAAGCCGUUUUCUGUGGCUGAUGCUAGCUACUUUGUCUUCCACUCUCCUUACAACAAGCUUGUACAGAAGAGUUUUGCUAGACUGAUAUUCAAUGAUGUUGUGAGGAAUGCCAGCUACAUUGAUGAGGCUUCAAAGGAAAAACUGGCGCCGUUUGCAUCCUUAACAAGCGAUGAGAGUUACUCAAGUCGUGAUCUUGAAAAGGCAUCACAACAAGUUGCCAAACCAUUCUAUGAUGAAAAGGUGCAGCCAACAACAUUGGUACCCAAACAAGUUGGCAACAUGUACACUGCAUCUCUCUACGCUGCGUUCAUCUCCCUUCUCCACAACAAGCACACCACCCUGCCGGGACAACGGGUGAUAAUGUUCUCAUACGGGAGUGGAUUGACUGCCACAAUGUUUUCACUCCGCCUGAGGGAGGGGCAACAUCCAUUCAGCUUGUCCAACAUUGCAACUGUCUUGAAUGUUGAUGGGAAGUUGAAGACAAGGCACGAGACGAAUCCAGAAGAGUUCAUCGAAGUACUGAAAGUAAUGGAGCACAGGUACGGGGGGAAGGACUUCGUGACUAACAAGGACUGCAGCAACCUAGCUCCAGGAACCUACUAUCUCACCCACGUUGAUUCCAAGUACCGACGAUUCUACGCCCAAAAACCAAAGGACUCGACCGUUGCCAACGGUCUUCACUGAUUCCUUCCUACGCCCGCCCAAAAAAAAUGAAACGAUUCAACGGUAUUAGUCGUGUGUCUGUCUGUGCCAGUUCAGUUUGUUGGGAUGGAUUUUCUGGUUUCAAAGGUUCAUUAUAGUUUGUGUAGUUUCUUUCACUAUGUAAUAAUUUUUCUUUUAUUGAAAUGCAAUUUGUCGAGAUGCCACACAUUUGAAGACCACUAGAACUGUGUUGUUUAUCAUGUAUGAUUCUAUGCUGUGAUGUGCAUUUUAUGGCUCAAACCAAUAAUAAUAUUUUGCCAAAGUC